AUGACUGCCUCUUUAUCAUGCACCUCAGCUGGUGAAGUCAAUGGAAGUUCUGUCACUGGAUCUGGUUUCAGGGUCUCAGAACUUGCCCCACCAUGCAAAGCCCUUUUGACCCAUCCCAAAGGAGCUGGAGAGAUGUUAGAAGAUGGCUCUGAGAGAUUCUUCCCUGAAUCUGUUUUCAGCUAUCCAAUGGCUUCUACACUUAAACAGGUGAAACAUGAUCCGGAAAUUGCUCCCAUGGAUAAACUAGCCAGUUUGGUAGCAGAGCUGGAGGCAGAUGAGUGA